AGCAGGUGCGGGUUGUCAAACAAAGUACUUAAAAUGCCAAAAAUUGUAAACAAAAUUUUGUUUUCACAUUUAUUAUUAUAUAAAAUUUUUAAUGUUUCCUAAGUAAGAAUGGAGCAGGACGACUUAUUAUUAAGCCCAGAUGGCUUCCAUUGUCGUGAUAUGAUUGAAAUAGAAGACUUCCUCAAUGAUUGCGACUCUGAUUUUAUCAACAAACUAGAGGCUGAACUGGCAACAGUGGAAAAUGACUCUGGAUUACUCAGUAUUGAAAGUGAUAUCAAGACAGACAGCCCUACGCAACCUCAAGUGUUGCCUUACCCCCACACUGGCAAUCCGUUAUUCUCUCAAUACUGGAGUCCAAAUAAACCUCCACAAAAUACUGGACAAAAUCAAAAUAACAGUCCAGUUCGAAACACUUCUCUAAAAGAGAAGGGGUUUUCUUUGCCUCUGAAGAAUGAUGGUGUACCAUUGCCUGAUGUUACACAACAUGGACAUAGCAGAGUGUCUCCACAAGCCCCCAUGAUUGUACAGCAAGUUGUUCAAAGUCCAUUUUAUGUUAAUUUGGCACCUGGCAGUAUACAUCAGUUUCCUGAUGGUAGAGGAUCAUUGGUGAAGUUAAAUGGAAUAUCGCAUGUGAAACAAUCCAGUACCACACAGCAGUCUGGGCAACCCUUAAUUUUACAGAACAAUAACAAAUCGGUGACUCCAGUCAUUUUGAAGACCACUGAUACUAACUUUUCACCUGUGAUAUUACAAUCCAAUAUGAUUCCAGAAACACAAACUUUGAUGUACACAAGUGCUCCUGUACAAGGUACACCACAAAAUGUCAUAACAAAUACAAAACCAGGUUCAGAAAGUAGACCAAUACAUACAUUUUUCACAAGUAGUAGUGGCCCUACCUUGCUCACAACAGCAACAGGUAUACCGGUUGUGCUUGAAGGAGACAAGAUUGCGCUGACUCAGGCUCCUAAUAUUGGAACCCCAAAAGUAAAAGAAGUGAAGAGAAGCGCACACAAUGCUAUUGAGAGAAGGUAUCGGACUAGUAUUAAUGAUAGAAUCAUUGAACUAAAGAAUAUGUUGGUUGGAGAAGAUGCAAAAUUAAACAAAUCGGCUAUAUUGAGAAAAACAAUAGAUUAUAUAAAGUAUCUACAGAACCAAAAUGCGAGAUUGAAACAAGAAAAUAUGGCUCUCAAAUUAACAUGCCAGAAAUCUGGCCUGAAAGAACCAGUAAUCGAAGGUGGAUACACUCCACCCCACAGUGAUAUCUCAUCCCCAUAUCCAUCUCCACAUGCUCUUGACAGUGAUUCUCCGUCAUCACCAGAUUAUAAGAUUGAAGAAAAGUAUUCUAAAAUAGUAAUGGGAAUGGGUGAUCAUUCUCGAUUAGCUCUUUGUGCCUUUAUGGUGGGAUUAAUUGCAUUUAAUCCAUUUGGUACAUUCUUUGGAAAAAUGACACCAGAUUUAAAACCAGAUGAUUUUUCGGCAAGGGUUGAUCAACGCCGUAUUUUAUCGGAUGAUAAUGUUGGUUAUACAAAUGGACCUUGGGCUAUUUGGUUGUUCAAUACAUUUUUCAUAUAUUUAAUAAACUUUAUAAUAUUGGGAGGAUGCCUUGUAAAGUUGCUGGUCUAUGGGGAUUCAGUGCCAAAGUCACAAUCCAAAGAAGCUGGACUUUUCUAUAAGCAUAAACGACUAGCAGAUAACUUCUUAAAAAAGGGUAACUUGGACAAUGCUAAAUUGGAAUACCAUCGAUCGCUAGCAGUGUGCGGCAAAAGUGUUCAAUCUGGCGGACAAGGACAUGUCAAGUACAGUGCAUUGUUGGCUGCAAUAUUGAGGCAGUUUCUCCAGAGACUACCGUUUGGUGGAUAUCUUGCUCGUCGUGCAGGAGAUUUAUGGAGUGACAGCCCUGCUAGAAGAGCGACUCAGCACUGGGCCACGGAGGUGUCGACGGUGUCACAUCGUCUAGCGCAGCUUUCGGUGUUGCCAUCGCACAGUGGACGCACCGAGAGCGUGCUGCUGGCGCUGCAAGCUGUUAACCUGGCAGAAGCGACUGGCAACGGGUUACUCCUCGCCGAUACUUACGUCACAGCCGCUUUAGUUUUCAAAGAUUAUAUUCCAAAGAUCGGAAAUUGGCUAUGCGGGUACUACCUCCGCCUGUGCCGAAGCGCGGGCGCGGGGGCUGGGGCGAGUUCUGGACGUCUGCGUUGGGCGGGCGGCGCACUCGCAUAUAGCUUCCUACGCUCGCGGCACUGGAGCUACGACCGGGACCAUCGCUCUUCCGCUCUCUUCAGUCGCCUCCCGGAUCCCACCGACCCACUCGCCUACGCUAUGAGGGCGUAUCACCUCGAACUUCUCCAGAAGAGUCUGGAGAUGCUAUUGAUUGCCGACGAGCGCAGCAACACGCGGGACGUCCUGGAGCUCAUUAAACUAAUCACAGACGACGUUUCUACAGAUGCACCACAUCACAAUGGUUGCUGGGAUCCAGUGAUGGAAUGGUGGGCAAACAUAGUUGGCGUGGCUGCCACUUGGUUAUUAGCAGAUACCAGUAAAGCAAUUGAAAUUGGCAAUCGACUGGACCUGUUACCUGAGACACUUGCCAAUUGCGAAGAUCCUCUGCCUGGGGCUCUGCACUUGGCAUACAAAAGUCGUCGCGGACUGCUCAGUCUUGCGCAGUGCCGAGAUGAAAACUCCAUCGAGAGGACGUCGGAGACUAUACUUAAGGUAUGCGAUUUGGCUGGAGCCAAGUUGACAGAUUCGCUCGCCUAUUACUGCUGCCGAAAGCCUACGAAACUAAUGAUGUUGAUGCAGGUGUUAUGCUGCGACUGGUUGCUGGAGGUGCGCGCGGCCGUGUGGGAAGCGAGCCGGACCUCGCCAGCGCCGUUGCCGCAGCUGCAGGCCUUCCAGCGGGACCUGCACUCGUUGCGGCGUAUAUCGCAGGAUUUGACGGGAAUGACGUCGCGCAUGCUCCUGCAGUCGGCAGUGUGCCGAAUGAUGGCUGGUGCGGCCCCGCGUCGCACUCAGCAACUUCUAGAUGGCAGCCUACGUCCGCGAUCUAACCGUCCCUCCAUCAUUUGUGGAAAAGAGCGUGUGUUAGAGGGGGGCGGAGGAGAAGGCGAACGUGCCUUAGCACUUUACAUGGCGUGCAAGCACCUGCCAGCUGCCGUACUAGCGGCGCCGGGAGAACGCGCCGGCAUGUUGGCCCAGGCUGCCGCUAUGCUGCACAAGAUCGGACACCGCAGCCGUCUGCCACUAUGCUAUCAUCUGAUGAAGUCCUUCGGCUCGUUACCGUCCGCGCCCUGAUCUAACUACUCGAAUGAAACCCCCGAAAUCCCUCCAAAAUGUAUGUACACUGACUGAGCAAAACCUAUUACUAAUCGAUCACUUAAAUCACAAACAAGCCUUAGUUGUUCGUGUACAGAAUUUUCAUUAUAAUAUUAGACGUAGAUACCCAAAUAAAUAAAUAAAUAAUUUUAAAAGUAACAAGAGUGUCAUGCUAGUUCUUUCUAACUAAAACUGUCUCUUUGGAUGAUUGUUACAAUUUAAAACUAACCUGAAAAAUAGACUUGUCUAAGUGGCUAAAAUAAUGUGCGUGAACCUCAAUAUUUUUUACUGUAUUGUGUCAUAAUGACUCCUCUAAGUCCUAGUUAAAAAUGUAGGUAGUUAGAGGAGUCAACCCAAAACAAAACAUUCAUAUGCAAAUGUAUAUCAAUAUUUUGUUUAGGGUUUUACUGUUUAAUUCUUUUAAUUAUAACUAUGAACGAUUGUGAGAAUGGAUGAAUGGAUGUCUGCUUGUUUGUUUUACUGUAAAUGUUUUUUGACGCAAAGACUAUUAGAAUGAUUUGACUGAUACUUGGUGCACAGAUAGUUAAUGUUCUAGACACUAACAUAUAGGAUUAACACUUUUUACCCGAAUUGUAUACAGCCACCAAUACAUUAAUAAAUAUGUAUUAUAUUAUUACACGACUGUGUAGAAAAAGCGUGAUUUUUUUCAGCAGUUUUCAGUUUGUCGAUAAAUGUUUAUUUAUUGAUCUAUGUGAGCAAUAGUAUAAAUAUGUAGUUUCUGUAUACCUUUUAUCGUGUGGAAAAACGUUAAAAUACAAUAUAAAAAAUUUACAAAUACGCUUUAAGUUCAUCAUCAACUGCAAGAAAUUUACUAAGUCCUUAAUGAAUUAUAAUUUUCCCCAAUUUGGAAAUUGUUUGGAAAUUUAUUAAUGUUAUCGUAUAUUUAUUUGCAAUUUAUAUUAAUAAAGAAUUAUAACUGUAUGUAUUAUCAUAUAACUAUAUAUUAUUAUGUAGGUACCUGUUGUAAAGUCUAACGGCGCAACCAAAAACAUUUUAUUUAAAGUGUCUGUAUCGCACAGAACAAUAGUCUAUUAUUAUAAAUAUCAAGACUUAAACUGUUCUUAUUUUAGUUUUUAUAGUUACUUUUAGUAUGAAAUAAUAAUAUCUAUUCUACAAUAAUAUCAGCAAUUAUAGCAAUGUGUGCAGAUUAUGUCAAAUAGACAUUAUAUUUUUUUAAUUUGUAUAAUGUACUAUGUAAUGUAGGUACUUUACUUACAUUACUAAAAAUUAAUAAUGUAAGUAAAAUUAUGCCAUUUUUGUAUCAAGAAGUCCACAAUAUAGUCUUUAUUUUUUAAUGAUUUGUCUGUGCGAUAUGUCAAAACUAUCCAAUACAUAGAAUCGCACCUGGAUCGAUAUGUGUUCUUGACGCUUUUUUAAAGUCAAUAAAAGCUCGUUAGACUUGUAUAGGUUGUGAUUGUUAUGAAUAAUGUAGUGAAAUUAUGCUGUAUUAGACUCUGAAAUAUACAUAAAUAUGAUCCUAGAUUAUAUUGUAUACUUCUGCUAUGCACGGCCCUUAGGACAUAUAGGUAUCUACAUUAGUAUUUUGUAUGUUAUAAAUAGCAACCACAAUAACCAGUAAUACCUGUAUAAAUAUAAAAUUAUGCUUAUUUGAUA